AUGUCAUCAUCAAUAAUCUACGCUCUUGUCGCAAACGAUAACAACCCAACGCCUCUUGUCGAAGUUUCCCUCGCAACUGGUAAUUUUCAGCUGAUGGCACUUAAAAUCCUUGAAAAAAUCAAACCAAACUCCUCAAUAUCCUAUUCCUACGAAGACAAGUACAUAUUCCACUACCACAAUGACUCUGGCUUCACCUUUCUCUGCAUGACUGAUGCAUCAUUUUCAAACCGUACAGCCUAUACUUUCUUAUUUGAUCUCAAAGAAAAGUUUCAUGCCCAAUUCGGCGAAGAAGCCCAAAAAGCCAUCGGGUUUUCAGCCAAUAAACAGUUCGAAGACACCAUGAAGGAAAGGAUGCAGUAUUUUAAUACAGACCCAAACGCAGACAAACUAAAAAUCGUAAAGCAAACACUGGAUAAGACAAGAGACGUUAUGAUAGAGAAUAUUGACAAAGUCAUACAGAGAGGAGAUAAAAUUGAGCUGCUUGUCAGUAAAACCGCAUAUAUGAGUGACCAAGCUAUUGAUUUCAGAAAAACGUCUGCAAGGGUCAAGAGACAUAUGUGGUGCAAAAAUUUUAAGCUCACUUUGAUUAUUAUUGGGAUCAUAGUGUUAGUGAUAGGCUUUAUUGUGCUGCUUGCAUGUGGAGGAUUUACAUUUCCGUAUUGUAGCUAA